GUGGGAGCACUACCGGGCCGUCCCCGACAUGCGGGAUGUUGCCGGCAGACAGUGGCCCAACUUGGCUGAGCGAGUGAAGGGCGAGCUUUGGGAUUUCUACAGACUACAGGCCGGGAUGGACGCGCAGGCGGAUGUGGUUGCCGAGUAUCGCUGCAAAAAGCUCGUUACCGACAUGUUCUACGAGCAGCGCCUCCAGUCAAUCAUCAACUACCACGCCGUCGUCCUUGGACAGAAGGUCACCAAGGCGCAAGCAAGAACUAUGACGUUGACUGAGGAGCAGUACUUGCAGAUGGUUCCUCAUUGGUGUGCCCACUUUCCUGAGUGCUGGCAGCAGAUAGUUGCUAAGUGGUUAUCCGACGACUGGAACGCUGUGCACCAGGAGCGUCGUGAGCACCGUCUGACUAUGGCCGGUGUGCCACACCACCAAGGCAACCGUAACCUGACCGAGUACGCCCAAGCAUGGUCGGCGGCACAUGGAGGGCAGCAGUGCAACAAAUUCAUGGCAUAUGCUCUAUCCCACAAGGGUAAAGCGACAUCCAGCGUCAGCUACAACGCGGAGGACGGGCCCGAGGCAUACAGCAACCCAAGCAUCUAUACUCGCCUCAAUGAGUACACAUCGAUGGCGAGGGAGGUGCACGGGCCAGAGUACGAUCCGACCCAGGAGGAUCUUGACGCUGAAAUUGUCAUGAAGGCAUCCGACCUCGUCCGGACAGUUUGA